UUACAACUAUUCUCCACUUUUCUCUCUCUUCUUUCACCUCUCUCUCUCUCUCUCUCUCUGUCUCUUGGUUCCUUCUUGUUCCUUUUGGAUCUAACCCUUCUCCAAAAUUUCCAACCUUUCUCUUUGUUUUCUACCUUAUGGUCAUUUUCUAAAUAAGCAAAGUCUCUCUUCUUGAUCUAGAUUCAUAUCUGAAAGAUACCAUCUUUAUAAUUAUAAACAGCAAAGGUUGAAACUUCAUGAUCUCGAAAACGAUUGUAGCCUGAGCCAGCCAAAACUGAUCGAAGCAAACCUACUUCAGGAAACAACCAUCUCCGGGUACCCAGUUCUUGAAAUCCAUGGAAUCUGGUCUCAGAAGGCUGCAAUUGUCAGAGAAAUACUAGAAAGGGCAAAGAGUGAGUUGAAAUGAAUGCUGCAGAGGCAUGAGAGACAGCAGAAGGUGGAAGCUUUAUAGUCAUUUGUCAGAGUCCAUCUUGUUCCUGCCCCCAUUUAUGAAGUCUCCUGCGAGAUCUUCCUCGGCCGCGCUGGUCUUCCUCCUCCUCUUCUUCGUCGGCGCGUUUGUCUGCACGCGCCUCCUCAACUCCACUCAGACACAGACUCAAGUCGGUACUUCGGCCCAAGAUUCAAUACUAACGACCAGAGCAUCCCAAUUAUACCCUCAUCAAACCCCUGUGCUUCCCGAAAAGCCCCCAGAGAUACUCGAAAUCCCACUCAACUGCACUGCGUUCGACCUCACCCGAACCUGUCCCUCAAGCUACCCCACCACCUCCUCCCCGGACCAAGUUCCUGACCGUCCGUCCCCACCCACGUGUCCUGACCACUUCCGUUGGAUACACGAGGACCUCAGGCCAUGGGCCCACACGGGGAUCACAAGGGACACGUUGCAGAAGGCGAGGCGUACGGCCAGUUUUAAGCUGGUGAUUGUAAACGGCAAGGCGUAUUUGGAGACAUACGUCAAGUCGUUUCAGAGCAGAGACACUUUUACGCUGUGGGGUAUCCUACAGUUGCUGCGUAGGUACCCAGGGAAAGUGCCUGAUUUGGAGCUCAUGUUUGACUGCGUUGACUGGCCGGUGAUUCUGUCAAGGUUCUAUAGCGGGCCCAAUUCUUCCGCCCCGCCACCAUUGUUUCGUUACUGCGGGGAUGACCGCUCACUCGAUAUAGUCUUCCCUGAUUGGUCCUUUUGGGGAUGGCCUGAAAUUAAUAUAGCUCCAUGGGGGAACUUGUUGAAGCAGCUAGAGGAAGGUAACAAGAGGAGCAGAUGGGUAGACAGACAGCCUUAUGCUUACUGGAAAGGGAAUCCGGCUGUCGCGGCAACAAGGCAAGACCUCCUCAAAUGUAAUGUUUCCGAGGAACAGGAUUGGAAUGCUCGCGUUUAUGCUCAGGAUUGGUCUCGAGAAGUAAAGGAUGGGUUCAAGCAAUCGGAUUUGGCAAGCCAAUGCGUUCAUAGGUAUAAGAUCUAUAUAGAAGGGUCUGCUUGGUCUGUGAGUAACAAGUACAUUCUUGCUUGUGAUUCCGUUACCUUGAUAGUAAAGCCCCGAUACUAUGACUUCUUCACGAGAGGUUUGAUGCCAGUGCACCACUACUGGCCCAUCAAGGAUAAUGACAAGUGCAGGUCUAUUAAGUAUGCUGUAGAUUGGGGAAACAGCCACAAGCAAAAGGCACAAGCCAUUGGAAAGGCAGCAAGUAACCUAAUUCAAGAGGAUUUGAAGAUGGACUAUGUGUAUGACUACAUGUUUCAUCUUUUAAGCGAAUACGCAAAGCUCUUGCAAUUCAAGCCGACCAUACCUCGAAAAGCUAUCGAACUCUGCUCAGAGGCAAUGGCGUGCCAAGCAAAAGGACUGGAGAAGCAAUUUAUGAUGGAAUCCAUGGUGAAGGGUCCUGCAAUCACUAGCCCAUGUACCAUGCCUCCUCCAUAUGACCCUCCUUCUCUAUUUUCAGUACUCAGGAGACAAUCAAAUUCAAUUAAACAGGUCGAAAAAUGGGAGAAGGGUUACUGGGAAAAUCAACAUAAGCAAUCAUAGAAAGGGUUAUAUACUUAUAGACAUCUACGUAUACAGAUGAGUUAUUUUGAGUUGUAAUGAGCAGAAAUAAUUUCCACUAGAUAAAUGCAUAGCAUUCUGUUUUGUGCUUUUGA